AUGAACUUGCAAUCAGAAAAUCUGCCGUAUUGGAAAAGUAUAUGGUUAACAUGCUCUGGCGUUCAACAAACCACAGCUCGAGAUGCUGUGAAAAAAGAUUUGAACGAUUGGAAAGAUUUUUUUCUAGUUGGAUUACAUCAAUUUAAAAGUCAACAAAGUGAAGAUAACCAUAACAUAAAAAAAAAGCCAAAUAUCAAUGAAAAAUUGUGGGAUUUCGUAAAACGAUUAAGCUCUUUUCUCGAUGUGACCACAGAUCUUGCUUGGUCAAUAAUCACACAAUAUUUAUUAUGCGAAUUUCAUGGAACACCGACCACACUACAAAAUUUAACUUUAACAUAUGAUACCUCCAGUAAAUUAUUACGCGAUAUUUGGUAUUUUUAUACAUCAGAACGUAUGUUCUAUUUAAAAACCCUAAAAUUUAUUUUGGAGUAUCACACAGAUAUUAACCAUCCAUAUCGUCAAGAGUUUGCGGAAUUUAUCGAAGAUUGUAAUUUAACUGUGUUCAGAGAAUCUUUAAUAUCACAGUUAAAAUUGUUAAUAUCUGUUAAUAUUAAUUCAAGUGAUGAUAUGAACGCAGAAAUGCAUUUUUUAUGGAUUAAACGAAAUUUACAGGAACAAAUUGAAAUAUUACAGUGUAUCAGUUUAACCCAUAAAACGAAUAAUAUUACUCCAGAGGAAUUUAUUUCUUUGUUAGAAUUAUUUAGUUGUCAUCGAUUUGGAACACAACCAAUUUAUUUUAAUGAGGCUGCCCUGAUACCACAACAUUUACAAAGACGUUUAACUGACUGUGAAAUUGCAUUACUUCUUUGCAUAUUAGAUAGCACUUUAGUGAAAAAAAAUGUGGAAAAGUGGGAUACACCAAUUAAAAAGGAUGUAGAUAAUUGGAUAACUCGUUUAUCUAACGAAUUUGGUGAUGACUUAUCAUCGAUUGUUUUAUCGUGGAUGUUAAUUCGAUUUAAUAUCAAAUUCAAGCCAAAUAAGGAUAUUGUAACGGCAACACUCAAACAAUUGCGAGUACUUGUCACAAGCACUACAUUCAAGGAUAAAUCCCAAGCAUCGAUAAUCUUUCGUAAAAGUGUUUACAAUUUAUUACAUUUGAUAAGAAAUCGAGAAAGCGAAGAAGGCAACGAACAAGUGUAUACGCAGUGUUUAUCACAAGUUUUAAAGGAUUCUGAAACAGCUGAACAUUAUUGGAAAGAACAAGAUGAACAAAUGUCGAUACCGAGAGAAAAAUGGUUUUUUCCAACUGAUUUUAAUAGUUACAGUUUGGUUGCCAAUGGGUUAGCCCUAGCUGAUAAUAAUAGUUAUAAUAAGGUACUCGAAGAAACACACAAAAUGCCUGGCAUUUGCAUUCCAUUUUCACAAAGUGUAGCUAAAUGUUUAGUUCGCAAGAAUAAUAUUUAUUAUUUUCGCACUAACUAUUGCGUAAUAAAUAAACAGAGCAUUCCCGAAGGAAGUGUUUGUAUUCUUGAACCAGAACACAAUCCAAAAACAGUUCAUGUACAAUGUGAAUCAAAUUAUUGGGUUGUAUUUUCACAUUUAUUGUCGAUGUGUAUAAAAUCAGUACGAGGUGGUGGAAAAUCACAUUUCAAAGAAGUGGAAAAUGGGCUACAGUUUUGGCUAACAAUUUUAAAUAAUAUUAAAUCAAAAAAUCAAUUAACAAAUGAUCUAGUUAAGCCGUUAAAUAAUACUUUUGAGUUAUUUAAUGAAUUAUUACUAAAACGUAAUACAAAUACAAAAGUUUAUGCUUUGAUAAUAGAAAUUAUGGCUGCUUUGCAUAAAAUAUCAGUUACUGAUGACAUUUGUGAAAGAUUACGUCAAUAUAGUUUUUUUCCUGUAUUAGUUGAUAGUUACUUACCGUUUGAACAACUUGUUAAACCCACAAAUUUCAUCCAGGGUCGAAUUUUUGAAUUAAUUUUAGAUUACGAAAUUAUUCACAACAAAUAUUAUUUAUUGGAAGCUUAUUUAAAAUUUCUUCGAGUUAGAUUUGAGAAAAAUAAAGGAGAUUUUGAUGCUUUCGAAAUACCAGGAAUAAUAUUUAUUUUACAAGAUAUUUUACCAAAGUUUUCUGAUUGGAGAUUCGAUAUUAGUUCCCCUGAACAAACAAUUUUAUACAAUAGUAUUUCGCUAUUGUUUGAUAUUUUGCGAGAAUCCUCUGGUAACAAAAAUAAUAAUUUUCAAAUUUUACAAAAAAUAUGUAUUUUCGAUUUAUUGCACAUUACAAAUGGCAAAGUGAUUUUAAACAUAGUGGCACGUGGAAAUCGUUAUUUAGAAUUAAUUAUGCAAUCAGAAACAAAUUGGGUAUCCGGCGAAGUUAUACAAUAUUUGCAUAUUGUUCAAAUGUCGUUAACGAUUUUAAUGUUACUUUUCCAAAAGAAAUCUUUGAUUACCAGCAGAGAGAAUGACAUGCCAUUAGAAGUUCUUAUGUUCACACAACCAAAGGAGGAAGAUACAUUACAAAUUAUUCGAAAUAUUGCCAGCUACAUGGAUCACAUAUUUCAUAAACAAUUACCAGUGCUUUCUUGUCGAAUUCUUCGAAAAUUUGCAUUGAAAAUACAAAUUUCUUUACAUGGAUGUUUUGAUAUGGAUUCCGAUCAAAUUCGACAUGUUUUUAUUCAUCGAUUACGUAAUAAAGAAGAAUCAAAUGAUUUAAAAAUUGCCAUAUUAGAUUUUAUAAUUGCAUGUGUUAAAAAACAACCGGGAUUGACACAAACAUUCUUCUCAAAAUCAUCAUUGGAAGAAAAUAAUAAAACUGAUGAAGAGAGCUUAUUAAGUUUAAUGGAGGAAUUUCUCGAUUUAAUGUCAUCAGAAACGGAAUUUUUAGGUGAUCCAACAUUACGAUCUAUGAUGAGUCUGUUUCAUGAAUUAUGGAAGAAUCAAAAACAAGUUGUUGUAUCUGUAAUGCUUUUUAAUAUUAUCAGUAUUGAAUUAUACAUGACCAUAUAUGAAACUGAUGCAAAUUUAAAAGCAGUAGUUAAAAAUAUUUUAAAUCCUAAUGAAAUUUAUUUCGAACGAUGGAUUAAUUAUAUUUUUAAAGAAAAUAUUUCAUCAAAAAUUCGAAAUAAUUCGCAAGAUGUUGAAAAUAACUGUCCACAUUGGCUAUCGUUAUUACAAUCGUGGAAAGAUUUUAUGAAUAUUAUAAUAAAUCGAUAUCCAAAUUUUAUGGAACCUAAAGCAAAAUCUAUGAUGGGACAUGCUUGUUUAAAGGCACUUGUGGAUCAAAUCAAUAUUAUGGAAGAUAGUCGUGUAAUUACCGUGUUAUCUGAACUUUAUAUACUGAUGUUAGGUGCUUGGAGGGAAAGUAUUUUCGAUAAUCGUACAAAAACAAUUCGGUAUCUCGCCAAAAUCGUAUUAUUAACACAUAAUUCACAUCGAGCUUGGCAUAGACGUAUUCGAUCCGCUGUAUUGUCAAUUACAGUGUGCAUGACACGUUUGUUAAAAGAUGAAAUUAAAUUAAAUGAGGAUUAUGCCAUAAAAAUAUUUAAUUCAUCUUGUAAAUUAGCAUGCGAUGAAUUGAAUUCAUUAGAGACAUAUCAUCGAUCGCCUUCAACUACAAUGGAAGUUGAAAAAAAAGAAUUGGAUACCGAAUUAUCAACUCAACAAGAAUCAAUUUUAAAAAUUAAUUUAUUAAAUGAAAUUUUAAUUGUAUGUCACGAUAUGACUGAUUUGUAUCGCAGUUGCGUACACAUGAAACUGUGUUUACGUCUAGUUCAGUGUUUAGAGUCGAUUGUGCAAAUUAAACAUCUUCGACCUAUUACGUUAACAAUUUUAGAUUGUGUUAUGCAUUUAGUUAAAACACGAUAUGCAGAUGAAUUUUUAAGUUGUGAGUUGAGUUUGAAAUUAUGGUUGAAAGUUUUACCACCGAAAGAGUUAAUGCUCAAAAAUCGUGAUCCUUUUAAUGAGACUUUGUGGACAACCGAUGAAUGGUGCCCAUUAUAUCAGAGAGUAAUUUUAAUAGUAGGGCUAUUAUUACGUAAACUUCAAAGUCGAUUUUUAGAAGAUGCAUUGUUAUUUGUUGUGAUUCAUGAGGGCUAUUUGAUUGAAUGUUUAUCACUUAUUCGUCAAAGUAUCGAUCUAAAUGCAUUGAAUGUUGUUGAAUCUACAGUUACCUUUAUAUGUGAAAUAAUGCAAUUUCAAAAACAAUGGAAACCUUAUCAUGCCGAAUCAUAUAUUCAAAUUAUUAAAGCAUUGACAACUGGUUUAUACUGUACAAUUGCAUUAUUAUUACGACCAAAUCAUAUUCAAAGUUAUAAAUAUCAUGAUAACACAUCGAAUGCUGAUGAUCCAAUAUCACAAACACGAAUUAUUGAUAUUUUAAAUAAAUUAGUUGAUCUUGUCACCAAAAUUACACAAGUUUUGUUAAAACAAUCUCCACCAUUAAUGACAUUACUUUGCAAUCACAGUUCAUUUAUGGAACCAAGUUCAAUCAUAUUAGACUUGGAAUUCAAUUUACCAAAUUUAAGAAAUGAUGAUGAUGUAGAAUUAAGUUUUGGUACAAUAAUGGCCGCAAUUAAUUUACUUUCUCGAGCACUACAACAGAUAUAUAUCGAUGAGUCAAAAAAUGAGAAUACUGGAAUAAUGUCACGUAGUCAAUUAAGCCCCAGAAAACGUUUGGGCCCUUCAAUUACAAGUAAUAGUACGAAAAUUAAUUCAAACUCUGAUUUUACGGAUUUGUAUCCAUCAUCACCGUCAGUGAACAUAAGUAACACAUCGUGGUUCCGACAUUUAGAUAAAAAUAAAUCGAUACGGGCGUUGGAAGUUAUGUUAAGUCUGCUCGCGUCACAAACUCUAAUUUAUUUAUUUGAUAAGCAAGAACCACGAAAGAAUCGACAACUUAUAUGCAGAGAAAUUAGCUCUGAACUUGGUGUAUUUCAUGAAUAUGUUAAACUCAUUUCUCGUGGAUGGUCCUCUCGUGGUUUCGAAGAUUAUUCAGUUAUACCACGAAUAAAACUUGGAUGCAGUCCAAUACAUGAAAAAGUCACUAUUGAACCUAGGGAUUUGAGCUUACAAUAUUAUGAAGAAGAAUUUAAUCCGUAUACGCUAGAGAAGACAAUGUUUUCUGAUUUGAGAAAACAAAUUGUUGAUGUUUAUUUGAAAAAUUCACGAGAAUUAAUUGGUUCACAAUCAGAUGGUGAUCCUAUUGUUAUUUUAAGUAAAGUUAAGUUUGAUUUUCCUGAUUAUUUUAUUUUUAUUUCGAACUUAUUUGUAUCAAUUUGUAAACGCGAAGAAUACUAAACACAUUUUAUACGAUUUUUUGAUAAAAUAAACUAAUUGAGUUUUAUAAGA